GUUUACUUCUCCAUUGACGGUUGACGCGACGAGCGACGACGCGACGGUUUAGCGUGUGCAUAUUUCUACAGAAAUAUACAAAAUUUAAAAUAACAUUUUUCAGUAAUUUUUACUGAAUUUACGUCGUGUAUCUUGAUUUUUUCUCGGUAAAUGUUUAUAAAUUGUUAAAAUGUGUGUCGUGGUGUUCAUAAAGUUAUCAUAGGUUUGAAAUAGAAAUAAUAGAUACUUUAUGUUCGCCGAAUUUAGAAUUUUCUCCCAAAAACUUUAAAAGGGUGCGCUUUUUCUAAUAUUUUGUUCAAAAUGAAAACCAAAAAUUAAAAAGGUAAAUAAAAUAAAAGUGAAAUAUAAAAAGGAAGCUGGAAAAGUGUGUCCUGAUUGUUAAGUGAUGCUGAUUGAAAACAAAAAAACUAUAACACUUCACAUCCCUGAAUGGAAUUCUUAAAUUGUGUUCAAUUGUGAUUGGAUACAUCGUAGAAAACAAACAAAAGGAUAUUUAUCGUCUCAGAAAAGUAAAGCACGUGUCAGCAGUUUACUUUCGUCCUUGAUCCAGCACUUGCAAGCCGCACUCUCACUCCCACUGCAAUCAAAUUGUAUGGAUUCUUUCAAAACAAUGACAACGGAAGUAAAGUAUUCAAAACAUCAAAAUAUAACCUUAUCAUCAAUUCAAAUCAAUUCAUUCACCAUUUAAAUUCAUCACAUACAAAAUAAAUAAACCAAAACCAAAAGGUUCGCAAAGAUAACAUCUAACAAUCUAAAAAUUUAUUCGGAAGUAAGCCUUUAUGUGUGAAUAUAUAGGCGCCUCUAAGCCCAUAUCCAUUUCCAUGUGAUCAAAGGUUCGUUAUUCAUCGUAAAAUACAUAAAGUGUCAAUUUAAAAUGCGUUAUCUCGCAUAGAAAAUAAAAAUAAUACCAAAGUUUACAUAUAGCUUUAUGUAUUUGUGUAAAGUGUUGUAAAAAAUCAAUAUAAAUUUAAAAAAAUAACAAAAGAAAAAUAAAACAUUAAUUUAAAUAAUACUCAUUUAAAUACGAUAGACUAUGGAUGACACUCGGAUAAAUCUUCCACUCGUUAGUAAAGAAAAUACAAAUAGUGCAAUGAUUUUAGCAGCUGGUACGGUUAGCUUUCAAGCUACAACAAAUUCAACACCCAAUCAGCAUAGUGUUAUGGCAGCAUCAGUGGCAAGAGUUCAAACUGAAUUUGUUGGGAAUAAUUUAAAAAAUGGACCCCUCAAUCAUGGCUCCCAAAAUAACCUUUGUAAUGGCAGCAUUUCCGGAAAUCACAUACUCGCUCCCAAGGUUCAAAACAAUAGUCCGAAUGGCCAGAAGAAGGGUACUGUCACCCUGACACAUCUGCCACAAAGGCCUCCGGUGGACAUUGAAUUUGUUGAUAUCUCAUAUUCUGUAUCGGAGGGAAGGCGGCGUGGUUUCAAAACAAUUCUCAAAGGAGUUAGUGGAAAAUUCAGAAAUGGUGAAUUGACAGCAAUUAUGGGACCAUCGGGAGCGGGCAAGAGUACACUGAUGAAUAUCUUGGCUGGAUACAAAACAUCACAAUUGAGCGGUUCUGUGCUCAUCAAUGGCAAAGAUCGUAAUCUACGAAGAUUCCGAAAAUUGUCGUGCUACAUUAUGCAAGAUGACAUACUGAUAGCCAAUUUGACAGUUGGCGAAGCUAUGAUGGUAUCGGCCAAUCUCAAACUAGGCAAAGACAUGAAUCGUGAUGCUAAGAAAGUUGUUGUCAAAGAAAUUUUAGAUACAAUCGGUCUCACCGAAUCGAUUAAUACCAAAACUUACAAUCUUUCCGGCGGCCAACGGAAAAGACUAUCUAUUGCUCUUGAAUUGGUCAAUAAUCCGCCAGUUAUGUUCUUCGAUGAGCCCACAUCGGGACUCGAUAGCUCAACGUGCUUCCAAUUAAUAUCACUGCUCAAAUCACUGGCCCGCGGGGGACGUACAAUAGUUUGUACUAUACAUCAGCCCAGUGCUAGGCUCUUCGAGAAAUUUGACCAUUUGUAUAUGCUCGCUGAGGGCCAGAGCAUCUACGAGGGUAAAGUAAGAGGUUUGGUUCCGUUUUUGAGUUCAUUAAGCUUCGAUUGCCCCAGCUACCACAAUCCUGCCGAUUAUGUGAUGGAAGUGGCGUGCGGCGAGUACGGCGAAGCUGUGCACAAACUUGUGUGUGCCGUUAAGAACGGCAAGUGCAAAAAGUACAGCCAGAAGGAAUACGCCAUUGAUUUGGUUAAUAAUAAGAAUAUUUCAAAUGAUCUUAUCAAGGGCAAUGCCCUUCCACCGUCAUUGCCGACACAAACGCAGCCGCCAGCAAUCGGAAAUGACGCCCUUUGCGAACUUAAACCACCGAAGCUGAUGGACUCCCAGCAGCAGCAACAGCAGCCCCAACAACAACAGCAACAAUGUGAUUCAAAGUCUGAGAGCACUGUUAUCAACAUGCCACCAACCACUAACACCACCGCCAACGCAGAUGACACCAGCAGUAUGUCAUCAAAAACACCAACCGGUCCUGGCUGCACCACAUCACUGCUGGACUCUCACGAGAGUGUCAUAACCCUGCCCAAUAAAUCAGGCUUCCCGACCAGUGGCUGGACACAAUUUUGGAUUCUCCUCAAGCGAUCCUUUGUCACCAUAAUUCGGGACAAGAUGUUGACACACAUGCGACUAGCAUCACAUAUUAUUGUGGGUGCAAUCAUUGGAAUGAUCUACUACGAUGUGGGCAAUGAGGCCUCCAAGGUUAUGAGCAAUGCAGGGUGCAUAUUUUUCACAACCUUAUUCACAAUGUUCACUGCAAUGAUGCCAACUAUUCUAACAUUUCCAACUGAGAUGUCGGUUUUCGUGAGGGAGCAUCUCAACUAUUGGUAUUCCUUGAAGGCUUUCUACUUUGCCAAGACACUUGCUGAUCUACCGUUUCAGAUCGUUUUCUCGAGCGUGUACGUAAUAGUGGUCUACUAUCUUACAUCUCAACCCAUGGAAUUGCAUCGUAUAUACAUGUUUGUGUUCAUUUGUGUGCUAACAUCUCUGGUUGCGCAAAGUCUGGGCCUACUUAUAGGCGCUGGCAUGAAUAUCGAGGCUGGUGUAUUUCUGGGACCAGUCACUACAAUACCAACGAUCCUAUUUUCGGGUUUCUUUGUUAAUUUCGAUACAAUACCUGGAUAUCUGCAAUGGGUGACUUAUGUCAGUUAUGUUCGUUAUGGAUUUGAAGGUGCAAUGGUAUCAAUUUAUGGCAUGGAUCGUGCUAAAUUAGAAUGUUCCGAAAUCUAUUGUCAUUUUCGUAGUCCUAAAAAAUUCCUUGAAGAAAUGUCAAUGGACAAAGCUGAAUUUUGGAUUGAUAGUUGUGCAUUAAUUGGUAUAUUUAUAGCUUUGCGCAUUAUUGCCUAUUUUGUAUUAAGAUGGAAAUUACAUUCUAUUCGUUAAAUUAAAUAUAAACAAAUUAUAGAUGUCAGUGUUAAAUGUGUAUACAAAAACAAAAGAACAAUUAAUAUUAAAUUUAUUAUUAAACAAAAAAUAUAUACAUCAUUAUAAAUAUAAAUUAAAUAUUAUAGGGGAUUUCAAUUAUUUUUCUAUAUUAAAAAACAUAAAAACAUUUUUGACACACUUUGAAGAGAAAUGUGCACUUUAGAUUAAAAAUUAUUAGGUGCAUUUUUUUCUUUUAUAUUCUUUCCUUUUUUAAGUUGAUAAAAUUGUUAAGCUAACGAAAAUAUUUUUUAAACAUUACAUACAUACCUAGUUAUAAAUAUUUUCGAUAUUAAUAAAAACAAAUCAUCACAUAUUAGAAUAUAAGUUUAAAGAACAAAAUAGAAGAAAUAUUAAAUUAAAUUAAAAAGACUGUCAUACACAUUUUGUAACUAUUAAGGCAUUUAAAAAAAAUUAUAAAAGAAAAAUAUUUAUAAAAAUACUGAAAACGAAAAAUUUUAAGAAAUGCGGUUGGGUAUUAAGAUAAAACAAAUACGGAUCAAAUAUCGAUUCGAAAUUAUUUUUGUCAAAAAGAAAUCAAAAAAGAUAUAUUCUGUAGAAGGGCGGUUAAGAUUAUAGUUUGUCAGUCGUUGACUAAAUUUGAGAAAAUGUUGGGUAAGAAUUUUAAAAGUACGCUUUGCAAAGCUAAGUUGUUUUUGUUUCUGUCUCAUAACUAAAACAAUAUGUUCUUGAGGAAUUAAAUUGUUGUCAAACAGAAUUCCCAUCACAUUAUAUUUUUGAAAGAAGACUCUUUAAUAUUGUUAAAAAAAAAACAACAAAAAAAGUUGUUUAUAAGGCUAAGUUUAAAAAGAACAUAGUUUAUAUUAUAAAUUGAAUCUUUUUUUUUUACAUCUGAUUUAGUUUCCGAAUUUUUGAGGAUUCUUCGAAAGGUGUGUGUAACACUAAAAAUACCUAAACAAAAUAUUCAAUAUAGGGACUAGAGAUUUUACGUAGAAUGGUUUUUAAGUCAAAAGCAGACUAAGGUCAUAAAACGCUUUGAAAUUAUACAAUUGUAUUGCCAGGAUAUCUAUCAAUGAGUUUUGUAACUGAUAUUUUUAAAUUUGCAUAACUUGAAAACUAAAAUUGUAGAAAUUACAAACUAUUAAAAGCAUUUUCAGCUUGAGCUACUUAGAGACACAGACCAAAACUUGUGUUUGAGUGAACGAUAUGAAAUAGGAAAGCGUUAAGUCUAAUUUUUCCAAAGCCAAUGUUUUUUCUCAAUUAAAAUGAAGCACAGAUCAUUUCCAAGGUCUUUUCGCAAAAACUUUAAAUGGUAUGUUUUUUCCUAGUCAAAAAUGUUUGCAUGCUUGAGAAGAAUUAUUCUAGAUAAGGAGCCAGUUAUAGCUAUCAUUGGUUUUCAUCAUUGAAAACAAACAUUUGAAUUUUUUGAAUGAUUGAUAUCCAUCGACAAAUUUUUACUGACAGAAUUCUGUAAUUGGAAUUGUGUGAAAUUGGAGCAGAAAUCAGUGGAACGAUUUGUUUCACUUUUGAACAUAAAAGUAUCAGCUGUUCAUGAAAAUGAAAAUUGUUUGUGGUAUUCCUGAUCAAUCAGUAUAUAAUUUUGAUAUCUAAUGAAUGACAAAUACCAUCAUAUAUCAAUAUAGAUAUAGAUUUUUAUGAAAGCUAUAACUUGGCCUUAAGGACCGUAAAUUAACAUAGUAUUCAAAAUAUGCAAACAAAUUAAACUUUAUUAAAAAGUGAAUGGUAUUAGCUUCAACUUUAAUCAGUUUACAAUCAUCAGUUUACUUAAAGGUUAUGAAUUAGAAUUAUUUCCAAACUAUAGAUUUGGCUCUAUAUCAGGCUGAUUGAUUUGGUUGCACUUUAGAAAAAGUAUAGUUCAGGCCAGCUAUUUACUCGUAGGUUUUAAACAUGUUACAAAACCAUCGAUUCCAAAUUCAAUUUUGCUUUUUAAGCUAUUUAGUUUAAAAUUUUGACCAACGAUCUACUAUUGAUUGACAUCGAAAAAAGGUAAAUUUUGCAACACUUUGAUGAAACUUAAAGUUGAUGAUCUCCUGAUAUUUUCUCUAUUUCGUUGGUUGAACAUGUUUAUCAUAAUUGAUUUUUUAGUUUCUACGGCGGUGUUGUAAUAAGUUCUUUUGUUUAUAGAUCUCACGAUUUAUCCACUUUCUUUAUCUCCUAGUUUAAUACCUGAAGAAUUGCUCAAUGGUUAAAUAAUUUAAAAUCCUUACCCGUUAUAAUGCAGAGGAGAGUUUUUAAAAAUGCUAACACAAAUCUUCGGUUCACAAAUAUAUUUUCAUCGUUAUUUGAAAUAACGAUGGACCUUCACAAUGAUUGCAAUCAAUAGAAACUGUGUCCCUUUAGUUUCGUCCUUUUUACAAACAUAAUUUAUGUAAUAUCGAAAUACCCAACUUAUUUGUUUUAUUUUUUAAAAUCAUCUUGCCAUUCAUUUCAUAUAAUGAAAUUAAAUAUCGUACACAAAAUUGUAUUUAUCAACGAUAUUUGAACAAAAAUUAUGUUUCAUUUAAAUCAGGAAGCAAACACAACAAAAAAAACACACAAAACAAUGAAACACUCAUAAUUAUUUGAUUUAUAGAUAUUAUGACUUUAUUUUAUAUAAAAAAAAAAACUUUAAAAAAACAUAAUGAAACACACAAAUAAAAGAACCAAUAAAAACAUUUAUAUAAAUAAAUAAAAACAAACUGGCUUCCGUCCUUUUGUCAUCAUCACAACAUUUACGUUUUUAAACACCUCAAAAUAUUUGAACAAUGGAAUAGAUGUGUUAUCUGUAGCAAAAUGUAUUCAAAAUAUCGAUUUUAUACAAACAAUUAAAAACAACUUUAAAAUGGGAUCUAAGCUGUAUAAGAAAUAUGAUAUAUACAUACAAUUCAAGUAUAGAGAAUUAGGAUUAAAAUCAUAAUAAAAUUGUAACUUUUUUAAUAAAAGAUAACAUUUAUUUAUGAAUUUUUCUAUUCUUUUUGAAAUGGGGUUUAAGUUUCAUAAUUGCUAAUUUUAAAUGCAAUUAUAUAUUUUAUUUGAUUUAUUUUGUAUCUAUAAAUAAUAACAAAUUAUUUAAUUUAUUUUCUUAUGUGAUAUAAUAGUUUUCAUAUAAAAGUUUUUAUUUUCAAAUUAUUAUGUGGAAUUCUUUUUGUUCAUUUUGAAUUUAGAAAAUUUAAUUAAUUUUAUAAAAUGAACCUAUAUAUUUAUACAUGUUUUUAAUCUUAUAUUUUUUUUAUUAAAAAGAUUGGUACAUACACACAUACAUACAAUAUUUAAUUAUUAUUUGGUGAUAUUUUCAAACGAUAUUAAAACAAUAAAAAUUCACAUUUAUAUCUCAAACACUAUUGUUUUUUUUUAUGUUUUUAUUAGUUGCUAAACUUGGACUUAGUAUAUAAAAUAUAUCAUAUAUAUUGGUUCGAAUUUGGGAACUGUUACAAAAAAAUGCAGAUUAGUUGAGGAUUUAUCAAAAGGACUCUUAAGUUAUGAUGGUUUUGAUUUUAGACGUUUGCUGCUAUUUUUUGCAUAUUCCAGAUGGUCGAUAAAUUUUGUUAAUUUUGAAAUAAAUAAAUUUUGUUAAUUUUGAAAGACAUAAGAUGAACAAUGUAUGACGCUAAAAGUUGGUACGUUUAUUAGUUACACAUAAAGUAAUUUGGCAGCAAUUUAAAUCACUGUUUAUUUUAUAGUCCACGCAAGCCUGCAGUCAUUAAAAAAAUAUUCGAAAUAGCCAAAGUGAAAUCAAGUUUUACUUUUUCGUGAUAGAUUCAUGGAACAAAAUGAUUUGUAUUUAUAUCUCUGAUGAAAAUAUCGUUUUAAAAAUGCGCAAUGUUAGGAAACAGAUAUUUGGAAGGUUGUAGUUUCUAUUUUGAAAACAAAAUUUCUUUAAGUUUUUUGGAAUUUUUAGUUUAAUUUAUUACUACAAGAGAAGUCAACAAUGGACAAUGGAGACUUUAGGCUCUGUAACGAUAUUUUGAACUGUUGUCUCAAAGGCCGUAAGUUGUUCAGGGAAAAAGAUUGUUUUUAAAUAAAAGUAAACCAAGAACAAAAAAAUGUUGAUUGGGAAGUCACAGUUUUGUUCGUCCGUUCUAAAAUUUGUUCACCUAAAAUUGAAAUAGUCAGGAAAAAGUUAUGUUGUCUAACUCUUACACAGCAUCUCAAAUUGUGAUUUGAAAAAACGGCUUCUAGGUGGACGCUCACGUUAUGUAGGUGAUAAUUGCUUUCAGAUUCAAGAGAAAUCAAUAAAAUAAAAAAGUACGUAUGCACCUGAGUGUUUUAAUUUUUGUUUUCUUGAAAACACCGAUUAUAAAUUACAAAUCUAUUGUUUUCAAAAAAUGAUGAAAAAACUACGAAAUACAAAUGGGUUUCCUUUUUUAUGGCCAUAAGGUCCUAAGAGACUUUUCCUUCUCAUUUUGUUGUCGACACAAAAUUUCAACCUCGGCUAGGCACUAUCUCAUCUCGUUGCCAACCCUCAAACUUGUGAUUACUUUACAAGGAUAUUGAUCAGAAAAGUUAAUGACACUUACUCGUAUAUUUGUUCACUUCCUAUAAAUGACAACAUAAGUCAUUCAACUCGUAAAAUAUAAAUUGUGUCAAAAAAUGUUAAAUAGAAGUGAACAUUUUAAGAGUUUGUACUAUAAUUUAUUUAAAUACAGUUUUUUAUUUCAAAUAAUUACUUUUUGCUUAAACUUAAUAAGGAUUUAUUUCAUUUCAUUUUAUUUAAAAUAUUUUUAGUUUUUUGUUUUAUUUUAUUUGAUUUUAUAAAAUUUUAUUCGAGAUUUUUAAUUCGAAUUUUAAAUAAAAUCAAUUUAAUUGAAUAAAAUUAUCUACAACCUUUUCCCUCUGACCUGCAUAUUUACUUAAGCAAAACAAUAAAAAAUUAAAAAUGAUUGUUGUUUAUUAAUGAGACCUUUUAGAAUGAAUGUUAUUAAAAAUCUUUAAUACAGAUAUUCUCUACAAAUAUAUAGCAAACAUUUUCUUACGAACCCUAAUUGUCAUUAUAUCAUUAGUAAAACGAAUAUUAUUAAAAGCAAUUUUAAAAUCAUAUAAAAAGUACAUUUAAAAUGUAUUAAAACAUUUAAUUACAUUUUAUGAUGAUGCUACAUUUACAAAUAUAGUAUAAGCUACAAUCAUAUAUAUAUAUACUCUAUUUGUACAACAAUUUCUAGAAAUCGUUAUAUCCAUAAAAGUUCAGAAAACAAAAUAUGUAUGUAAUUGUAAGAAAAUAAGUUUAAACAAAUUUGAUAUCAUAAUAUUCUAAUAAUAUAAGAGCAUAUUAUUACAUAGAAGGUGUUUACAUUUAUAUUAUGUAUGUAUAAUGUAUUUUGUCAAGAACAUCAAACAAAAUUAUUAUUGCAUAUAUAUUAUAUUCGAUGUCAUUUAAUAAAGUUCAUUAAUGUUAAAUCUUAUAAAGUUUAUCAACAUUAUUAGAGAGAACAUUUUAUAAACCGAGUAUAGUUGUUAAUAGCUAUAAGGAAAUUAUUAAUAAUAAUUUAUUAAUACAGAUACAGACAGACAUUCAUUAUUUCCAGUUUUUCAAAAUACAAAACAUACAAAAUAAUUAAAAAUAGAAAAAAAAACGCAAUCGAAAACUCCAUCUGUUGUAGAAAUUUAUAUAUUUAUUCAUAUUUAUAUAAAUGUAUAAAAGAAAAAACAAAACAAAAAUUUUGUGAUACGUGAUAAUAUUAAAUUUAUCAAAAAAAAAGAACAACUACAUAUUUUAUUUUCAAAAUAUUUCAUCAGCUCUUUCUUAAAUAAAACUGCAAAAAGCAAAACACUUCUAAUUAUUAUAUUUUUUAUAUUGCUUUUUUAAGAAAAACAUUUUAAAAAUUUUACCAUCAAAAUAAAAUCCCUUCCAACAACAUAUAAUCAAUAAAUUAAAAUAAAAUACUUAAAUUUUUAUUUUUGUACUUGGUUAAUUUAUUUAAAAAAUAAUAUUAUAUCCGCAUUACAAUCUAUUUAAUUUAAGAAAAAAAAGUGUGUUACUUGAAUAUUGGUGAUUUUAAAUUUUAGGAAUAUAAUUAGAUUUAAAAAUAAAACAAAUAGAACAUAAUAUGUUAAAUUACUUUUAAUUAAUUAUAUAUAUAUAUGUAUGUUAUAAGACACAAUGAUAUUAUUUAAUCAAAAUAAAAUGUAAAUAUAAUACAUAACUAAUUUAUAAAAGAUA